AUGUCGCCGUACCUGCUGGUGCUGUCAUGCAUUUUAUAUCUGGUGUUAGGGGAAGAAAAGAAGGAAGAUUAUGGAACGGUAAUAGGCAUUGAUUUAGGCACGACAUAUUCUUGUGUUGGUGUUUUUCAAGGAGGUCGAGUUGAAAUAAUUGCAAAUGACCAGGGCAAUAGGAUUACUCCUUCUUAUGUCGCAUUCACUACGGAAGGCGAGCGACUAAUCGGAGAUGCUGCUAAAAACCAGCUGACAACGAAUCCGGAAAACACAAUUUUCGACGUCAAGAGACUCAUUGGAAGAAACUUCGAUGAAUCGACUGUACAGGCGGAUAUAAAGCAUUUUCCUUUUUCUGUCAUUAAUAAGAAAAACAAACCGUAUGUGGAAGUCAACGUUGGAUCAGAAGUCAAGACGUUUGCACCUGAGGAGAUCUCGGCAAUGGUGUUAGGAAAGAUGAAAGAUAGUGCUGAAGCUUACCUAGGUAAAAAGGUUACUCAUGCAGUAGUCACUGUCCCAGCCUAUUUUAACGAUGCACAGCGCCAGGCGACCAAAGAUGCUGGCACUAUUGCUGGUUUAAAUGUACUCCGGAUUAUCAACGAACCGACUGCUGCUGCUAUUGCUUACGGUCUGGAUAAGAAGGAUGGUGAAAAGAAUAUUCUAGUGUUUGAUCUUGGAGGUGGUACAUUUGAUGUUUCAUUACUUACAAUUGAAAAUGGAGUAUUUGAGGUAGUUGCUACGAAUGGUGACACACAUCUUGGAGGAGAAGAUUUCGAUCAGCGUGUCAUUGAUCAUUUCGCCAAGCUUAUACUGAAAAAGAAAGGUAAAGAUAUCAGGACUGAUAAACGUGCGGUCCAAAAACUGAGACGCGAAGUUGAAAAGGCAAAAAGAUUACUAAGUACCACUCAAACAGCUAGAGUAGAGAUUGAGUCACUUAUUGAUGGUGAGGACUUCUCCGAAACACUCACGCGUGCAGUAUUUGAAAAGCUGAAUAUGGAUUUGUUCUUGCAAACUUUAGAACCAGUCAGGAAAGUCCUUGAAGAUGCAAGUAUGAAGAAAUCAGAAAUUCAUGAAAUCAUCCUAGUUGGUGGGUCUACUCGCAUUCCUAUGGUUCAAAAACUCUUACACGACUUUUUUGACAAAGAACCUAACAGGGGAGUUAACCCUGAUGAGGCAGUUGCGUACGGUGCAGCUGUCCAGGGUGGCGUUAUUGGUGGUGUGGAAAAUACUGGUGGUGUUGUACUUCUAGACGUAUGCCCACUAACUUUGGGUAUCGAAACAGUUGGUGGCGUCAUGACAAAGCUUAUUCCAAGAAAUACAGUUAUUCCAACGAAGAAAUCACAGAUAUUUUCCACAGCCGCAGACAAUCAGCCGACUGUCACCAUACAAGUUUACGAGGGUGAACGAGCUAUGACGAAGGACAAUCAUUUUCUCAACAAGUUCGAUCUGACAGGUAUUCCUCCAGCAAUGCGUGGAGUUCCACAAAUCGAGGUAACGUUUGAGAUUGACGUCAAUGGUAUACUUAAAGUUUCAGCCAAAGAUAAGGGGACUGGCACUUAUAAGGACAUAAUCAUCAAUAAGGACCAGCAGCGUUUAAAUCCAGAAGAGAUCGAAAAAAUGAUCAACGACGCAGAGCAGUUUGCAGCUUCCGAUAAAAAGUUGAAAGAGCGCGUUGACGCCAGGAAUGAAUUUGAAAGUUCUGCUUAUACACUAAAGUCUCAGAUUGCAGACAAAGCUCAGCUAGGGGGAAAACUUAGUGCUGAUGAUAAGAAGAAAAUCGAAAAAGCUAUUGAGGAAGCUAUUUCAUAUUUAGACAGUAAUCCACAAGCUGAAGCGGAAGAAUUAAAGCAGAAAAAGAAAGCAUUCGACGAAGUUGUCCAGCCCAUUAUUUCCUCAUUGUAUCAACAGUCAGGAGCCCCUCCCCCAACUCAACCUGACCAGGAAAGAGACGAACUGUAA